AUGCCUCAUCCCAGCAUUGCGACAUCAGCCACAGUUCCUCACUACUACGCAUCAUUCUCAGUCGACUUCAAUCAGCAGGUUUUCAAGUCCAACAACCAGGCCAAGAUCCACAUCUCAGAGGUGAAUGGCUCUAGGACAACUCGUGUGUUAUCUCUUGUUGCCUCAACCUCUAAGAGCGUACUUGUUGAGCAGCACCCGACACAUGACAGCCACUACCGAUUGACAUUCUCCAUUCCAGAGAGGCUGAAGGUUGGUCAGAGGUAUGCCAUCACCCUGGAUUCAGGAGUGGUCGUAGGCACACAAAGCUGUGUUGGCGGUGGUGUUCCAUCCGAAGGACUCACUGACACUUCUGUGUGGCAGUUUGUCACUGACCAUACCAUUGGCGAAAAACCAAAAGAUGUCCCUCUGAUGCUACCUUAUGGCAAGUCCGAGAAUGACAAUCAGCUGACAUUGGGUGAUGGUCUGUCUUGUCACAGCCAGCGCCUGGCAACCGCUUCCAAUGGAUAUCCACUGUGGGGCAACCAGCACUCAGGCGUGACAAUCUGUGAGAAUGGACUGAUCCUGUUUGAUCGAGACCAAUCCAUCCGACAUCCUCAGGUGUUCCCAGGACAGUGGGCAACCCAACCAACGAUGCUGGCACCCUACUGGUCGUCUGCUGACAACAGGUACUCUAGAACUCUCCCAGACGGCCAGAGAUCCCACGUCUGGUAUCACUUCUACGAACGAGGAGCUCCCUCAGACAGGGAUAUGCUGCAAGAUAUUGAGAGCAUUGUCGUAGCUAAGGAAAGGCUAGCUGGUCCAUCAUUCCAAUUCACCCCAACAUGGGGCGCAGUAGUCACCUGGGAGAGAAUCACACCUUACCCUAGCCGGUAUCAGUAUCAGCUGUACAACACAUUCCAAGGUGUCUUAGCUUCUGAUGGACUCCGCUCAUACGCCAUAUACAUCUAUGACCCAAAUUCUAUUCAGUGGUCUGUUCCUGCUACACUUGAUCCAUAUGCCAAGUUUGGACAUGCAGUGUCUGGAUAUUCGACACCAACACGGAAUCAUGUAGACAGUCGGUCUGGGACAUUCAGAAUUGCUCACAUUGAUAACAGAGUGAACACUUCUGAUCCCAAUCUCCUUCCGUCUGGCAGUGCAGGAGCUAUGUACGUGUAUAAACUGUACAAUGCCAACACUUUCUCUGGACCCAGGCAACGUUGUCUGACAUGGUAUGCCUCUCAGCCGGAGCCUACAACCUGGCUUCAACAUCUAGACCCCUGUCCAUGUACCUUGAAGCAGGCCAGAGCUGACCCGAGGUUUGAACAACUUAAAAAACUCCUUCCAAGAAUGUGCUUCCAGAAUAGUGUUCCUUCUGUUAACGGAUCUUCUCAGGAGUGCUGUUACCGCACCCAGCAGCCUGGUCAGGGUGCAUUUAUUGAAGGUGCACCUGAUGGCGGUAACUCGGUACGCUUCUCCUGGCUGAGCUAUGAGCCGAUUACGGUCAGCUCCCAGGAGACAUUGCCGUAUCAAUGGUGCUGUAAGGACGAGGCACUUUGUCCUCUGUUUUGGGAGAAACGUCCGAGCAAGACCUGUACUGGAUAUGAACCACAGUACUUCGGAUUUGCUGCCUUGCCGCUGGCUCAGGCUGUGAACAGUGGGCAGUUCUUGGUGGACGCACCGGGUGCGUUCCUUCUGCUGCGUGCACCUGGGGAUCUUCGCAUUGAGGCUGUGUCUGCGCAAGCCAGCCCCGGGGCAGUGCCAGGUGUUACGGGCGUGGGGUUGACGGCUGAGGAUGCGGACACUGUAGUGGUUGACGUGUCAGACAAUGGGACGCUGGUGUUCAGCGUGAAUGGCAUGCCGCUGACGAAUAAAGUCAUCCGAGUCUACUCCGAUGAGGAUGAGAAUAUCACAGUGGAGUGCUUGCAUGGUAUUCGACAACGGAUUGUAUUCGACAACGGAUUAACUUCAGACUUUUCCGUGAUCCAGCCGGGAAAUUCCAUCAGGACAUCUGUUAGUGUACCACAAGCAUCUCUGAACUGUACUGGUGGUCUCCUCUGUGGUAGUACUUUGUCUUCAACAAGAAAGGGAGCAUUGGUUUCUGCAACAAGGUCUGCACCGCAUAUUGCUCAAUGGCGCCUUCAGUGUAAUGAACUACAAGUGGUGUCAGACCCUAGGUGCUUAGGGGAUCCCCCUUCAAGCGCACCCAUUGUUCCCACUGUACCUAAAGCGGAUGAUUUCUUGGAUAAGGCUAAGGAAGUGUGUGGCAAUGAUAUGCUGUGCCAGAAACUGGCAAACGUCACAGGUGACCUUCAACGGACGAAAGCUAUUAUCAAAAUAGUCGAUGACGAAGGGCAGAAAGAUAAAGACGCAAACGAUGGGCCUUUUCCUGUCCGAACCGCUACCCCUACAAUCAGGUGCAUGCGAGGUAUCUGCAACAUUGACCUGCCUGAGCUUGCGGGAAUAGAUGGUGGGAAGAACUUCACGUCGGUGUGGGUUGAUCGCGACAACUCCUCCUUUCAAGUACUCAACGAAGACAACGCCAACAACAGGUAUGUAUUUGCACUGAAACGGAACAGUCCCGCCACAUCGAUUCAAUGCGUUGUGUUUGACGGGGAUGGCCGUGUUGUGCUUAUCCGCCCGAUCGUCUUCAUCUGUGACUGCGACCACGGCGUGUGUACAAACGAGACCUCCAAACUGAGCUCGGCGCGUACACACAUAUACACGUGUGAGUGUCCACCGGCGUAUGACGGCGAUUACUGCCAGUUGGACCGCGACGGCUGUCGGGCAGCGUAUCAACCAUGUUCCGGCGGUGUGCCUUGCGUAGACCGGCCUGCUCCAGCCACCGGGUUUCAAUGUGCUGCCUGUCCGCCGGGAUUCUCGGGAGAUGGAGUAGGCUGCUUCGACCUGGACGAGUGUAAAGACAUCAGUCCAUCUCCAUGUACACAGCAAUGUGUCAAUACACAGGGUAGCUACCAGUGUGCGUGCAACAGCGGAUUUCAGCUGGCUGCUGAUGAUGUAGAGUGUGAUGACCUUGACGAAUGCUCAUUGAAAACUGACGAGUGCAGCCAGACAUGCCGCAACACAGUGGGAUCAUACGUGUGUGGCUGCUUUGCCGGCUUUAUCCUCAACGGGACCACCGACUGUACACCACUUCUGCCCUGUCGGAAUGGUGGUGGCUGUGAGCAGCUCUGCAGCCAAGAUGCAGCCUUCACGCCGGUGUGCUCCUGUCGGGCUGGUUAUGAGGUGGACGCGCUCUUGCCUAUCCUAUGUGACGAUAUUGAUGAGUGUAACAGCUCACCAACAAGUCCUUGUGAUGGUCUGUGUGUCAAUACGGAUGGGUCUUUCCAGUGUGCGUGUCAAGAUGGCUACAACCUCGCUGUGGAUCAAGUCACAUGCCAAGACAUAGAUGAAUGCAUUGGCAGUGAUCCUGUGUGUUCUGGAGACAUGCUGUGCACGAAUACCCGGGGAUCAUAUCAGUGUUCGUGUCAAACUGGAUAUCACUUUGACCAGUCAUCACAAUCUUGCCAAGCUGUAUCAUGUGGACAGCCUCCAGUUGCUACUCAUGGUGUAAUCAGUGGUACUGAGUAUACAUAUGGUGAGACUGUUGUACAUUCCUGUGAUGUUGGCUACACACUGAGUGGAGAUCAGACAACACAAUGUCUUGAAAGUGGACAGUGGUCUCUAGCAGUGUCACCAACUUGUGAGAUUGUCCAUUGUCCCAUGCUAACACUGUCUCCGAGAACGCAGUCUUCUUCUGCAGACACGAGUUUCUCCAGUGUUUGGAGAAUGCACUGCUCUCCAGGCUACAGUCUGAAUGGAGCAGACACUCUGCAAUGUCUGCCCACAGGCCAGUGGGACAACCCGCCACCAGCAUGUGAUCAGGAUAUUGAUGAGUGUAACAGCUCAGCAACAAGUCCUUGUGAUGGCCUGUGUGUCAAUACGGAUGGGUCUUUCCAGUGUGCGUGUCAAGAUGGCUACAACCUUGCUCUGGAUCAAGUCACAUGCCAAGCUGUAUCAUGUGGACAGCCUCCAGUUCCUACUCAUGGUGUAAUCAGUGGUACUGAGUAUACAUAUGGUGGGACUGUUGUAUAUUCCUGUGAUGUUGGCUACACACUGAGUGGAGAUCAGACAACACAAUGUCUUGAAAGUGGACAGUGGUCUCUAGCGGUGUCACCAGCAACUUGUGAGAUUGUCCAUUGUCCUACGCUAACACUAUCUCCGAGAACGCAGUCUUCUUCUACAGACACGAGUUUCUCCAGUGUUUGGAGAAUGCACUGCUCUCCAGGCUACAGUCUGAAUGGAGCAGACACUCUGCAAUGUCUGCCCACAGGCCAGUGGGACAACCCGCCACCAACAUGUGAUCAGGAUAUUGAUGAGUGUAACAGCUCACCAACAAGUCCUUGUGAUGGUCUGUGUAUCAAUACGGAUGGGUCUUUCCAGUGUGCAUGUCAAGAUGGCUACAACCUUGCUCUGGAUCAAGUGACAUGCCAAGAUAUAGAUGAGUGUAUUGGCAGUGGUCCGGUGUGUUCUGGAGACAUGCUGUGUACGAAUACCCAGGGAUCAUACCAGUGUUCGUGUCAAACUGGAUAUCACUUUGACCAGUCAUCACAAUCUUGCCAAGCUGUAUCAUGUGGAGAGCCUCCAGUUCCUACUCAUGGUGUAAUCAGUGGUACUGAAUAUACAUAUGGUGAGACUGUUGUAUAUUCCUGUGAUGUUGGCUACACACUGAGUGGAGAUCAGACAACACAAUGUCUUGAAAGUGGACAGUGGUCUCUAGCAGUGUCACCAACUUGUGAGAUUGUCCAUUGUCCUACGCUAACACUAUCUCCGAGAACGCAGUCUUCUUCUACAGACACGAGUUUCUCCAGUGUUUGGAGACUGCACUGCUCUCCAGGAUACAGUCUGAAUGGAGCGGACACUCUGCAAUGUCUGCCCACAGGCCAGUGGGACAACCCGCCACCAACAUGUGAUCAGGACAUCUUAGAUUGUGUCAUCGGCAACUGGUCGAUGUGGUCGGCGUGCUCUGUCACGUGCCUGAAUGGGCUCCAGACGCGCGAACGCGAUAUCACACUGCCGCCCACGGGACUCGGGAAACAAUGUCCAGACACAUGUACUCGUGAAAUCAGGUCAUGUCGGCCAAGAGAGGACUGCGGUUGUGAUGAUUCGCCUAUUGGUACCCAGAAAGCCAUACACACCACUGGAAAUGCAGCCGCCGAUGUUAUAAUCGUUGUGGAUGAGUCCAAUUCCAUGCAGACGUCUCAUCAAUGGCUGAGUGGUAUGAUUCCCCAGCUUGAGCAGUCCCUGCUAUCUGCUGGUAUUGGUGUGCAGUCCACAUUGCGCAAUCACUACGCCUUGGUUGGCUAUGGACGGAACGUCUUGCCGGGUGGAGAUGACAGGUACGUCCUUCCGCAUGCAUUUGGCAACGCGGCCGGAGAAAAGGUGUUCACAAUCGAUUCCUUUUCACACGCUAUCAGUCAGCUCACGACGGGUGGGAACAUUGAGGAUGGUUAUUUGGCAGUUAGGUUUGCCCUGGAGAAUCUCACCGACAGCAACGGAGACAACAUGCUGCGAUUGAAACAACCUAAUGUUGCUACCAACGUCAUUUUGGUGACUGAUGAAGAUCGUGAUGCGUACGGCCCAGGCAAGGAUAUAACACGAAAGACGUUCAAGAAGCUAAUCCGUCGCUCGGGUGCACUCCUUAAUGUCGUUGUGGAUCAACGCUUCGGAUCGAGUGGCGAAAGUCGCAAUGCUAUGGGUGUGGAUUCCAAGAAGGUGGCGUACUUUGACCAGCCACUCGGUACGUUCGUGAGCAGAUCUGGAGGUAGUGCAAGCAGUGACUAUUAUUUGAUGACAAAGAGACACUACACAACUGUCGCUCUGAACAUGGGAGGCGCUGCGUGGGACAUCAGAAUCCUGAGCGCGGGAGGAACUGUAUCCAGUUCAUUCACCAGUGCCUUCCUGAACGUCAAGACGAGUGAAAUCGCCGACCAGAUUGAGAAAUGCCGCUACUGCACAUGUGUGGACGGAGGACGCACCUCUCGCUGGGCGUGCACGAUUGCCGGAAACCAAGAUGAGUGCAAGGCAGAUGCCAGCCAGCCGUGAUACAGCAGUGUGUGACUGAACAGGUGCGACGGUAAGGAUUACCCUGUAAGGAUACAGGCAAGCACUCACUGUUCCGCGUUUUUGCCAGCUGCCAUAUUGCGAGGACUGUGGUGAUGUUGUAUUACGUUACCAUGGUUACCUGCAUCACCUGCAUUACCUGCAUUACCUGCAUUACCUGCAUUACCUACAUUACCUGCAUUACCUGCAUUACCUGCAUUACCUGCAUUACCUGCAUUACCUGCAUUGUGCAACACUUUAAACAAUACUUCUGAAUUCCAAUUUGGCGGUGAAUUAGACGGCACACAUUUCUUCGACAUGAUAUGAUUGUUAUUGCACUUAAUCUAAAAGAGCCACAAUUGCAGCUGGGUCUUUUGUGGCAGUGCUGGUUCUUUAGCCUCCACGCUGGCCUUUUUUUCCUUUUUUUAGAAAGGUAAUCAGUCGCUCAAUGCUAUUUUCUUCAUGAUUAAUUUGACUGUGUUUGAAGUUUUCAAUAUUGGCAUAGUUUGUUGGCUUGUGUGCCUGCUGCUCUGAUCAAGUGAGUGCGACCAGCAGCUUCCCUGUCCCAUGCUGAUAUUGAUUUGAUUGAUUGAUUGAUAUUAUAUUUUCAAGGA